GCGGGCGGCGGCGGCGGGGCCGGGCCGGGCCGCGCCUUGCAGGCCGCCAUGAAGCUGGCGAACGGCGCCCUGGAGCUGGACAGCGGCGGCCGCCUGCGGGAGGCCUACGCCGAGUAUCUGAGGAGCAUCAGCUUCAUCGCCCAGGCCCUGCAGGAGGACGCGGCGGCCGGGAAAGACGGCAGCGAGGGCGUCGCGCCGGACACCCUGAAGAUGCUGAAGCUGGCGGAGCAGUGCCUGGAGAGAGUCAAGUCCAUCGCAGCCGCGCUCGGGAGAGCUGAGGCCAAACCGGCCGUCCAGGAGAGGAGCGCGGGCCCCGCACCCAUCUCCCGGCACCGCAGGGUCUUCUCGGACGAGGGGGGCAAGCUCUCUCCUUUCCUGCCGCCGGAGAUCUUCCAGAAGCUGCAGAUCGCCGAAGCUCAGAGCGCCAGGAAGGAGCUGACGCCGCUGGAGGAGGCGUCUCUGCAGAACCAGAAGCUGAAGGCCGCCUACGAGGCGCGGGUGGCGCGGCUGAACCCCCGCCAGGCCCUGCAGAAGACCUCCCUGACGCUUUCCCUCCAGCGACAGAUGAUGGAGAACCUGGUGAUCGCCAAGGCCCGGGAGGAGACCCUGCAGCGGAAGAUGGAGGAGCGGAGGCUGCGGCUGCAGGAGGCUGCCAACAGGAGGUUCUCCGGCGGUGCGGCCCUCACCCCCGAGGAGCAGGAGCAGAGGGCCCUCUACGCCGCCGUCCUCGAGUACGAGCAGGACCACGACUGGCCGCGGCAGUGGAAGGCCAAGCUGAAGCGGAGCCCGGCGGAUCCCUCCGUGGUGGCGGGGCUCUUCUCCUGCCUCCUCAGCUCCCCCGAGCACCCCAUCGCCCAGCUCCUGCGGAAGCUGCAGUGCGCGGUGUACGGCCGGCUGUACCCAGCCGUCAGCCAGGGCGCCGCCGACGCCGCCCCUGCCUCCCCCACCGGCCUCUCCUUCCUCUCGCUGGACGCCGGGGCCCUGCCGCCCCCGGAGCCGGGGGGCCGGCGGCUCCGAGCCUCCCGCAGCCUGCACUGCAUGUUCUCGGUGCCGGAGCACGGCCCCGCCGGCCUGCGGCACAGCCUGUCCAGCUCGCCCCUCGCCGACGGCCGCAGGCUCGAGGGCGGCUCGCCGGGGCCGGCGGGGCCAGCCGCCCCCUCGCCCCCCCGGGAGAGCUCCUUUGAGGACCUGGAGCGGUUCCUGGCGUCGCCCGAGGGAUGGCCCGCGGGGGAGCCCCCGGCCGGCCCCCCGUCGCUGCAGGAGCAGCUGAAGGGCAUCGUGCGGGACAUCCACAACGCCAUCGACAGGCUGCUGUCGCUGACCCAGCUGGCGUUCGAGGGGCUCGGCGCGGCGCCCUGCAAGGAGCAGUGCCUGGCCUGCAUCGAGGAGGCCUUCUUCCCCCCGCUGUGGGCUCCGCUGCUGGCGCUGUACAGGAGCGUGCACCGGCCCCGCGAAGCGGCCCUGGCCAGGAGCAUGGAGCGGCACCGCGACGCUGGCCCCGCCGAGCUGGGCCUGGCCCCCCGGCUCUUCCCCCCGGCGCCGGGGGCGUACGGCUCCGCCGUGGAGGACCUGCGCCUCAUCCCGCUGGAGACGUGCCCCCAGCGGAAGCUGGAGUGCAUCGUGCGAGCCCUGCGCGUCAUCUGCGAGUGCGCGGAGGAGUACUGCGGCGCCCGCGACGCCCGGCCCCCCGCCGCCGCCAUCGGCGCGGACGACCUGCUGCCCAUCCUGUCCUACGUGGUGCUGCGGAGCGGGCUGCCCCAGCUGGUGUCCGAGUGCGCGGCCCUGGAGGAGUUCAUCCACGAGGGGUACCUCAUCGGCGAGGAGGGGUACUGCCUGACCUCGCUGCAGAGCGCCCUGUCCUACGUGGAGUCGCUGCGCUGAGGAGCCGCCGGCCCGGGGACGCCGAGCCGGGGCUGCGCGCGGUGCCGAGGGGCCCCGCGGGGCAGCG